ACGCUCCUGAACCAUUGUUGACAGGCGGGAGGGCACUCUGGAUCCGAACGUUGUCGUGAAUGCAGAUCGCACUAGUAGGAGUUGCCUAGAAUCUAGCAUGAAAUUUAUGAUUACCAGAGAUUAUAAAGGUUUUAAAGCGGAGGUUAAAAGGUUUUUUACGUAACAACAAUUUAAAGAAAAAUGCAGCUUUUGUGAAACGUCGCGGAAUCAUUUUAGUAAUGAGUUCUUGGAGGAUGGAGCUGGCGCCCGUCGCCUGCUGAGACGACGUUUACGACCGGCGGUGACACCAAGGAGGGCGCGCCGACAGGAUGGUGGAGCGGUCGGACCGAGCCCCUCUGCUGGACUGGGAGGAGGCUCCGUCGGCGGAGAAGCCCGGCGAAGCGGCGGCGGCCGCGGACGACGCCGGGGAGGAGCGGCUGGCGAGCCCCUCGGGCAGCAGCCGCUCCCCGGCGGCGGGAUGCUCCGUGUCUGGGUGGAGCGGUGGACCCGGCUGGGGCGCCCCGCCCGCCCCCCCCAGGACCCCCGCCGACCAAGAGCGGCCGCCCGGCCAGGAGGAGCAUCUGUCGGAUUCCGAGGCGUCGCUGGAGGAGAGGAUGGUGACAUGGGAGGAGAAGGACCAGAUCGUGUCAGUUUUCGUAGUUACAUUUAACACCAGAUCAGGGAACAUGCUGGAGUGGUGUUUGCCCAAAGACAUGGACCUGGAGGGAGUGGAGUUCAAGGCCAUCGCCAGCGGCUCCCACAGAGUGACCACGGACUUCAUAUACUUCCGGAAGGGCUGCUACUUCGGCCUGGCCUGCUUUGCCAACAUGGCAGUGGAGAGUAUGGCAGAGAGGGGAGCCAGAAUGAAGUCGGUAGGGAUCUUGUCUACUUCCUACACCCUGCUGUACCGCUACAUGAGCUUCCUGGAGCACCAGGUCAGGCUCCAGCUCCAGUCCCCGGGUCACUACUCCCCCCUGGAGGCUUUUUAUGAGGACAAGAGAGCGGUGCUCCCCCCUGAUGGAGGUGAUGCCGUGACAUUCCCGCCCGGCGUGUGGGGAAGUGCCAUCAACCACAGCAUGCACCCUGAGAUGAAGAUCACCCACCCGGCCGGCUGCAUGUCGCAGUUCACCCGCUUCUUCGGGGAGCAGAUCAUGGUGCUGUGGAAGCUGGCUCUCCUGCGCAGACGCAUCCUCAUCUUCUCUCCUCCCCCUGUGGGCGUGGUCUGCUACAGAGUGUACUGCUGCUGCUGCCUGGCUAACGUCUCCAUCCCCGGGGUGGGCGUGGCCGUUCCGGAGUUCAGGCCCUUCUUCUACGUGAAUGUCGCCGACAUCGGCGCCCUGGAGAACGAGCUGUCCUACGUGGCGUGUACAACCGAGAAGAUCUUCGAGGAGAAGAAGGACCUGUACGACGUGUACGUGGACAACCAGAACGUGAAGACCCACAGAGACGGCCUGAAGCCGCUGCUGCGCCUCAGCGCCGCAGACCGAGAGAAGUAUCGCAAACUGACCGAGCAGAGACAGAUGUUGCUGUAUUCUCAGGAAGAGAGUGGGGAUUGUGCGUCCAGUGAGGAGGACCUGUUUAUUUUGUUUUUCUUGGAACAGAACAACAGGAUCUUCCAGACGCUGAGCGAGGUGGCGGCGAGCCCCGACCCCACCGUGACCCAGGACAGCGUGAGGGCCAUGGGCCUGGACCCCCACGGGGACCGGCUCUUCCUGCUCCACCUGCUGGAGAUCUACGGCUACGACACCCUGAUGGUUUCAGAGCAGCUGUGCUGCAACUGAAGGACGUCAAACAUCCAGCUGCUGCCUCUCCGGGACGCCGUCCGGACCCGCGGCGUUCAUCCUGGAAAGCAGGCGCAUUUUUUAAAAUCACUUCAGCUGUUUGGACAUUUUAGCCUCACAGGAGACGAUCACAGGCAGGAAGACGGAAGGAACGUUUCUUGGAGCAGAAAUCCUCGUGUCUGUGGGAUCAGCUGUUGCUUUUCUGGACAUUUUCAGUUUGUUUUAGGUUUUUCAUAAACAUCUUUGCACAGACGUGAAGUUGUUCUCAUAAUGAACACGCUUCACGAGUUUUCAUGCUGGAAAAUCCUCUUCAAGCAGCCGAGGCCGCCUAUCGACGACAACAGCAGGAAGUAGAAAUCCUACAAAAUAAUGGCCCCUAAUGUUACGUAAAUGCGACGUUAGCUUGUUGCGUCUGAGUUUCAGUGCAGAAAUAAACGGCUUUAACUGCAGCGGCUUCAUUCCAAGCAUCACUACCGGAGCUCAGAGUUUGCCAACUUUUCCUUCCGUUUUUAAAGCUGUAAAUAGGAAUUUUCUGCAGUUACGUGACAGAAACGAGCUCAGCUGAAUGUGUUUUAUACUGCAAAUAUCUUUAUUUCCAGAACAUGUUAAAAACUUCAUUUUAUUUAUUUGAACUGUAAACCAUUUCAAAAUAAAGCGUCCCACCAA